AUGGCCAUCAUCAAAUACGCUAUUCCCGCCAUCGCUGCGGCCCAGGUCGCCCUCGCUGCUAGCUGUGGUAGCAGCGGCAGCACCAUCACGAUCUCCAGCCAGAGCGAUGCCGACAGCUACGCCACUUGCACGAAGCUCACCGGUGACGUUGAGAUCAGCGAGAGCUUCUCUGGUGACCUGAGCAUCAACGGUCCCUACGAGAUCACCGGUGGACUCUCUAGCGAUGGCGCCAGCAACCUCACCUCGCUCACCUCCACCAGCCUUGCCACGAUCGGUGACACCUUCAAGCUGAACGGUCUAACCACCCUGACCACCCUCAGCUUGACCAACCUGAGCAGCGUCGGUGCCAUCUCCUGGACCGCCCUUCCUGAGCUCCAGUCUCUCGACUUUACCAAGGGUGUCUCCGAGGCUGGCGAUGUCGAGAUCACCAACACCGGUCUGACCAGCUUGGAUGGUAUCUCUCUCAAGAGCGUCGGCACUUUCGACAUCACCGAGAACACCAACCUGAAGACCGUCAACGUCAACGACCUGACCAACGCCACUGGUCUGAUCAACUUCGCUGGUAACCUGGACUCUCUCCAGAUUAUCCUCCCCAACCUUGCCGGUGGUACCAACAUGACCUUCCGCAACGUCAGCGCUGUCUCCAUCCCCUCCCUCAAGGAGCUGAGCGGACAGCUCGGCUUCUGGGGCAACACUUUCUCCAACUUCAGCGCUGCCAACCUCACCAGCACUGGUGAUCUCGUCUUUGACGACAACACCGACCUUGCCAACAUCAGCAUGCCCGUCCUCAAGACCGUCAACGGUGGUUUCCAGAUUGCCCGCAACGACAAGCUCAAGGAGAUCGCUUUCCCCGACCUUGAGACUGUUACUGGUGCCAUUGACUUCAGCGGUGAAUUCAACUCUGUCUCUCUCCCCGCCCUCGAGGAGGUCAAGGGUGGUUUCAACGUCCAGAGCACCGGUAACCUGAGCUGCACCACCUUCGAGAAGAUGCACAGCAACAACGUCAUCCGUGGUACCUACAAGUGCACCCAGACCUCUAACCCCACGACCAAGGACGGCUCUUCCGGCACCACCACUUCCACCAGCAGCACCAGCUCCGCUUCCUCCACCUCCAGCGACAGCGCCUCUGUCAUGAACAUUGUCAGCGUCCCCGCCAUGGGUGCCGCUGCCAUCUUCGGUGCUUUCGUCCAGUACCUCCUGUAA